UAUUCUCACACUGUCUGGCUCAAUAACCAGUAGCACAUAUACUACUCCACUCUUGAUCGGGAUAUUUUUAUCUUUUCUAUGGCAACCUAUACAAUAUUAAUCUGAUCAUUUUUUUCCAACGAAGACUGCAUUGUCUCACUCAUCUGCAGACAGCCUAAGACAGGACAGCGACAAUGAGGUAUUUGACGACUUUGCCUCACUUGUUCUAUAGUUUAUGGAUUCUGGCCACUGAUCAAGUUAGUAGCUCGGGGUCAAAUGCGUUCCUUACCACCGUGGUGCCAUCGUCCCUGGUGUGUGAGACUCUGUGCAAGUAUACCACAAAGUGUGUCUCUUACACCUGGGGUGUUCAACCAAGGAGAUGUCACCUCCAUUCACAACAGCCAAGCAUCAGAAGCGUCUUUCCUCAGAUUAAGGUGGUAUAUACAGGAAUGUGCGCCAGUAGCCCUUGUGGGGGAGAGGAGAUUUGCUUCCCUGUUGAAGGAGGGACUACUUACAUCUGUGCGCUUUCACCAACGUCUACUGACACGUCGGCCCCUCAAGCGUCCACCGCAACAUCUGUAAACACUGCAUCUACCCUGGCGCCCACAGUCACCACAGCUACUACAAGUACUGCGCCGACAUCAACUGCAACUACUAUAACAACUGCUGCUACUACAACCACAAUGGCGGAUGUAGCUACUACAACAACUGCAGCUACUACAACUGCUGCAUCAACGAAUGUUAACACAACUGCUGGGCCGACUACAGCUACUGCAACCACUAUGUCUGCUACAGCUACUACAACUAUUGCAUCAACUACAGCUACUCACACAGAUCCGUACACAUACAGAGGCUGCUACAUCGAUGACUGGGACCGGGCACUUAGCGCUGUAUCUGUGACAUCAUCUGAAAUGAAGCCCGAGUUGUGUUGGAUGUUCUGUCUCAAUCACAACAUGACCUUCUUUGGACUGGAGGUAGGGGAGGAAUGUUUUUGUGAUGCCGUCAUCCAACCUGGACAUGCGAAGGUCGCAGACUCACAGUGUUCGCGUCCUUGUACCGGAGACAACGGUACCAUGUGUGGAGACGAUUGGAGGAUAGCGAUAUAUCAGAUGUUCACUUGAAACUGAAAUUCGCAAAGGACAACAUGAGUUUGGUCACAUUGAACAUAAGUAAUUUGCAAUAUGUUUCAAUUAUAUCUGGUGCAGUCAGACUGGCCCUGAAUGUGAUCCAUGGCGAAUCUGGUAUGGAGCAUUUACUUACAUGUGCGAUCACAAGAUCGCAACAUUGGGUUUAUUAUUAUUUCGUUACAGUUACAUUUGUCCAUUCAUAUAAUUUUGACCACUAUUUUGCUAUUUACGCCCAGUGUUAAUCGAUAUUGAUAACCGAGACUGAUUAUUCUCUGGCGCCGUUGUUUUAUGUUUCUGUUAAUAUGUUUUACGUCUUAAAGCAUGUGGUA